UGUCUCAGUACUCUGUCAGUUUUGUGCCUAGUUGUUGCACUUUCUGACUGUAUCAAGUAUCUAGUUACAGUGGUGGAGAGUUACUCUUAAAUCGUUUACGUAUGUCCUUUUUUCUUUCUACGUUUUGUAGAGAAGAGCUGGAGAAGCAGUACCAGGGUAAGCUGACUCAGCAGAUGAAUGGGCCUAUUAACGAGGUGCUGAGCCACGUCAUGAAGGCAGUCGCUUCAAAGAAGAUCGUCGUGCCUGGCAAUUACCGGAGUCAGCGCGGCGGGCAGUGCAGCAGCUGCAGCUACAAGGCCAACCAUGGCAUGCUGUUCCCGCUGGAGAAGGGCUUCACCUUUGUGCACAAUCCCGCGCUGCACGUGCGCUUCGAUGAGGUGGUCGCCGUCAAUUUCUCGCGCGGCGGCACUGGAACUUAUCGGUCGUUUGACUUUGAGUUAGAAGUCAAGAAUAACAUUGUCCACAUCUUUCAGAGUAUGGACAAAGAUGAGUACAGUCGCUUGUAUGACUUCUGCUCGGCCAAGAAGCUCAGGAUCCGCAAUAAGGGCGGCAAGUCGGGCAGUGCAACGUAUCGCGACGACUUUGACGACGACGACAGUGACCAAGAUGCGUAUUUGGGGAAGGUGAAGGCGGAGGGUGCUUCCCGCAUGGACGAUGCAGACUCUGAACCACGGCCGUCUUCGCAUGCAGCCAGAGAAGAUCACAUUCAAGGCCAGCUGAAGUGGCAAGAUUGAACAGUUCAGCCCAGAUAGGCUUGAGUCAGUCAACUGGACGCGUGCGCCGAAGGGCUGGGAGAUGUCACUAGUCGCCAAGUCGGGCUCCUGCACUCCGCUAUACAGGGCUUCAA